AUGCUUCAUCGGGAUGCUCUUCCACUGUGUCGAAAACGAGAAGUACAAGCAAAGCAAAGUGAGCACUCCACUGGAUUAAACGGUAGUCAGGGCUGCGCUGUUGGCCCGGUGGCUGAACAAAGAGCUUGUACUGAACCGGGAUUCGUAGCUGAACUUAAGAGUGUCUAG